AUGGAAGAUGACGAAUAUGUACCAAAUGUUAAAAAGUUAAAAGAAGCAAACACAAACAUAAGUAAACUAGUGAAACCAAAGACUGCCAGAAAACGCGAAAUCAAAAAAGAAACGCCAGUAAAAGAAAGUAGAAUGAAAAUAUGGAUUUGUAAACUAUGCUUGGCCGAUUUUCCAAAAAAGAAGGACUUGGUGAACCACAAAUUAAAGGAGCAUCCGAAUGCCAAAAAGGAAGUGGUCAUGGAAGUGAAAUACGAAUAUGAUGCCGACCAAGAAGUAUAUGUUUGCAUCAACUGUUCUGCUGAAUUCCAAUACGAAAACGAAGUUAUUCAGCACGUGGAAACUCACCUUGAAAAGUACGAGUGUGAAGAAUGCAAGUUGACCAUAACGGGUGCAUAUUCUUUUUCCCUACACGCACAAGCGCACAGACACGAUUUACUGUAUCCAUGUCCAUGCUGCAGCUACACAACCUUAAGAAGAACCGCAAUGAUGGUGCACAUUAAUAGAAUGCACUUAAAUAAGUACGAUUUUCAAUGUGCUCAGUGCGGAAAAUGUUUUAAUGACGCUUUAUCAUUCAAAGAGCACGAUAAUGUUCACUUAGGCCUUAAACCGUUUAUAUGUGUCGUAUGUAACAAAGAGUUUGUCUAUUCGAGAUAUCUGACUUCCCAUCAAAGCAGGUUGCACACGGUACGUGUGAUAGAUGAAAAUUCCAAGACCCAGUGCAAGUACUGCAAUAAAAUCUUUGCCAAACAAGAAACCCUAGAAAACCAUUUGUUGAAGCACGAAACCAACAAAGGCCCGUACUUAAAGAAACACCUGUGCGAUGUUUGUGGGCAAGGUUUUUCGCGCAAAGACAAACUUAAUAUUCACUAUAGAAAACACAGCGGCGAAAAACCUUUUUCCUGUAGCUACUGCGGCAAAAGUUUUAUCAAGAAAGACUACAUGAUUAUGCACGAAAGAGUGCACAGUGGGGAGAAACCCUACAGUUGCGAAUUUUGCGGCAAGUGCUUUAAUCAAGGUGCUCCUUUACGUAUACAUCUGCGCAGUCACACUGGCGAAAGGCCUUAUAUUUGUCCAUAUUGUAGUUUGGGGUGUAUAUCACGGGGUGCUUUAAACGUGCAUAUAAGAAACUGCAUUUGUUCUGUGUAG